UAGAUCAACAAUCAACAAAACAAUAAAGAUCAACAAUGAGCCGGUCAAACAAAUUAUUUGGAGACAAGGCGUUUGACCUUCUCAAGGAGCUGGAGAGAUCGUCGCAAACCAUUCCCGCCUUCGAUGACGACGGAGUGCGUCAGGUUCUGGAGGAGAUCAAGGCGAUAUUCGAGGAGAACGUGGCCCAGGCCUCAACGUAUAAUGCUUCCGGGGAUCGGAGCUUGUGGCCACUACUAAACUUCAGACAUGCGGCUCUCCAGAGGAAUAAGAGGUGCUUAUUGGCCUAUUUGUACGAGAGAUGCAAGCGGAUCAAGGCCCUGCGCUGGGAAUUCGGACCCAUUAUUCCCGGGGACAUAAAGCAGUCUCUCUGCGAACCGGAGGUGCACUUCUUCAAUAACUACUCCAAGUCCCUGGCUGCCUACAUGUGCAGUGCCGGCUACAAUCAGGGAUUACCCAUAGAUCUCACCAACAACCUGCGACCUCCCAAAUCCCUCUACAUAGAGGUGCGCUGCAUGGAGGACUACGGAAAAUUCGAGCUGGACGAUGGCGAGGUAAUCCAUUUGAAGAAGAACAGCCAGCACUAUCUGCCCAGGGCUCAAGUGGAGUCCCUCGUAAGGCAGGGAAUCCUUCACCAUAUAGCUUAGGCUUUUAAGAAUAUUUAAUAAUGUGUACUAUGUAUAGGUUAAUAAUAUAUUAAAUACUGUAUGCUAUAUUUGCCAAA